UGUUUAGAGUCCAGGAGAAGUGCACAUUUCUAUCGUUCCAUACGGAUACUGUCCAUGGUAUCGAUAUUUGUAUCGCUCUGCCCCAACGACUUGACGUGUCAGUUGAAUGCGCCAGGAAAUGGGAAGUUUCCGAUGCCAAAAUGUGUGUAGUUUACAAACAGGCUACAUCCUAACAUUGGAAUAGUUACACUGCCGGAGUCAUGCUGCGUUUCAGCACGUCGACAUGCAGUGGAAACGGAAUUUCACUGGCCUCGCCUUUAGCUUCUUUUUCGUUGUUUCGUAUUUCACGAAUAAGUUUGUCCUGACUGUUAUGAAAUUCACCUACCCGACUUUAUUCCAAGGAUGGCAGACAUUUAUCGGCGCGGUGCUGCUGCUCCUCUGUGGCAAACUGGGCUGGGUGGAAAUGAAGCGUAUCUCCAGAUCAGCUGCACUCUCCUGGUUCCCCGGCUCCCUCCUGUUUGUAGGAAACAUCUACGCAGGUUCCAGAGCUCUGUCUCGUCUAGAGAUUCCUUUCUUCUUCACGCUGCAGAACUCCUCUCAUGUUGUGACUUACGCUAUCUCCAAGGCUGUUCACAGAGAGAAAAUGGAGUGGUUGAAAUUCAUCAGCGUCUGUCUCAUGCUGUUUUCAGCCAUCAACCUGCCUGCCUAUGAUCCACAGUUUGACCUGAGCGGGUACAUGUGGGCCGUUGCUCAUCUCGUCUGUGUUGGCGCUUACAGGGUGUUUCAAGUCCACUACAAAUCCAGUAACUUGAGUGACAUCGAGCAGCAAUAUGUCAACUACCUGUUCAGCGUGCUGCUGCUGGCAAUGGCUGCUCACCCCACAGGUGACCUCACUAGUGCCUUGGAGUUCUCCUCUCUUCAGUCCUACGCUUUGAGCUGUGGCUGCUGUGCCAGUGCCUUGCUGGGCUUUUUGCUGCUCUUGGCAUCAGUCAAACUAAAAAGUGGAUUGUCCCUGCAGCACCUCGCACUGUGGAUUUUCUUGUCAAAGGUUACUGCCAUGUUCCUUUCACCGCUUAUUUUCUACAUGGACCUGAACACUCCCUCCAUUAUCUGCGUGGCCGUCAGUCAUGUGAGCGAGGCGAUGCUGGUGUACUUUGAGAGAGAAACGCAGUAAAACCAAGCGAAAAGAAAAAAGGGGAUGGACCAACAACUUGCACUUCCUGAACGACUGUUCUAAAUAUGUAUGCUGUAUUUUCAUAUUUUCUUCAUAGCUUUCAUAAGCUACAGACCAAAUAAAAUGUUUACAUAUUGUCUACUUUCUA